AUGUUGACCCAGCGACCUUACGCCACCAACGCCCUCACCACGGCCUUUCUCUUCGGCACUGGUGACUUCUUGGCCCAGAAAGUCAGCGCUUCCCCCCAGUACGACUACCCCAGAACCGCCAGAGCUGUAUUCUACGGCGGCGUGAUUUUUGCUCCCCUAGGGGACCAAUGGUAUAAGUUCUUGGCCAGGAUUGUGGUUGGUCGUACUAAUGUAGCACAGACAGCUGCUCGAGUAGCGGUGGACCAGGGAGUGUUUGCGCCCUUCAUAGGUAUUCCGCUCUACUACCUGGCGAUCAGCGCUUUGGAGGGGAAGAAUUGGGAGCAGACAAGGACCAAGUUAGAAAAGAACUGGUGGCCCACACUAUACACGAAUUGGAGUGUCUGGCCAGUCUUUCAGGCGGUGAAUUUCGCCUUUGUGCCUGUAAGCUAUCGUUUGAUGGCGGUCAAUGUGGUGAGUAUUGGGUGGAACUGCUACAUGCUGAUGAAGAAUGCGGGAGAGGACCCCACUAAAGUAAGAAAGGACCUAUAA